AUGGUCGCCCAUCAGCAGCCGUUCUUGAGGUCUGGGAAGAUUAAAUGGAGCAACGGGUCCAUCCCCAUUCUCUCCCAUUUUCACUACGUGGAAUUCCUCAACGAACUAUGGCGCGGGACCACGGUGUCCUUCUCUCCAUCGACUCUCGGCUAUGAUGUCGUGAGCUCAUGGCAGAUGUUUUCGUUUCUGAAUGAUCUGGGGACUGUAUAUGUUGUGUGGCUUCUGGAGUCAAGCCGCGUGGGUAAUGCGUGGACACCAGCAUAUUUCCCGACCAUAUUUGUUUUUGCGGGUCAGCUUUUGGGCCUCGGGUCCGUUGCGCCGUUGUUCUAUUUUCUCUGCUUCACUUUCGGGCCCUCAACCUCGGCUCUCAUCCAGCUCCCUUUGAAGAAGAGACUGGCUCCUGAGCACAACGUGACACUACUUCCGAUUCUCCUUCUUCUUCAUACUUGUGAGGUGUUCGCGGCAUAUCUGGCUCCCCAGCCUACCACGCGGCAUUACUGGACAUGGGCGUGGCAAAUGAGCCCUCUUUGGGUGGGCAUAGCCAACUUCGUGAUUUCCAAGUUAAUUGGCACUUCUCCCUCUCUCAGAGCCACAACUAUCAAGUGGCUUAUAUCUCCAAAACUUCUUUUGUGCCUCAUGAGUAUCAUCUCGGGCGGAGUCUGGGUAUACACGCUCGUGAACUGUCCAUACCCCUUAUCAACAGUAUUUAUACCUGGCAGCUCUGCCCAAUCUGAAUUUGUCCCCCACAUGCGACGUGCCCUGCAGUAUGACGAGGUUGUUGUAUUCGGGACUUCUUUCCUAUGGCUUGGGUAUCUGUUCUUUGAUCUCCACUGUGCCGGCCUAAUCAGACGAAGAGAAUGGCUUGUCCCGGUUGCGGCUCUCCCCAUUUUUACUGCUUUUGUUGGCCCAGGUGCUGCCUUCGCAUUUGGAUGGUACUGGAGAGAGAGCAAGCUACAGUCCAAACUACCUCAAGAGUGA